AUGACCUCAGUAACAAGCGAUGACGCGCAGAUUGGCGCUCCCCAGGAAGCCAUCAACGAGUUUUGGGACAACCUCAUCACGAAACAACCUGCGAAGGUGACGAAGAUUUUUCCGUCAAGCUUGUAUGCGCACCUACUCCCACCACAGCGAAAAGAGGGCACAGUCACAGGAAAGAAUGCGGCUGAAUCUUACGAAACAGCGGCUGCACAAUGCCGCGCUCGAGUGGAACGCAUUGUCAAAGAAUGCAAACGUACGAAUGAGAAGUUUACAGAUGCAGACUUUGAUAUCGAAGACCUAUCGGACAGAAACUGCCUUAACGGUCUUAUGACUUGGUACAAAGACCAACCAGCGACAGCAUCAUCAUCAGUGAGCGCAUCCCGACUUGGCAAUGCUCUCUCGACUCUGGUCCAAAGUGGCGUGAUUAUGGCUGAUGGCGCCGCAUUCGACUUCAAUGCCACAGCGAAGCUCCUGACCAACAGGUCGAGCAGCAGUAAAGAUGGUCCGAAUUCCGUGCAUCGCAUUGACUGGAUCUUUGAUGAGCCAAAGUUCGUAUUUGAUGGCUUCUCCAGCUCCGAUCUACGACAAGGCUCGAGUGGCGACUGCUGGUUUAUUGCUGCUGUUGCAACCAUCUGCAGCAACCCAAACUUGAUGGAUAAGAUCUGUGUCGCUAGAGACGAGAUAUGUGGUGUCUAUGGCUUUGUGUUUUACAGGGAUGGCGAGUGGAUCUGGACUGUCGUCGAUGACAACUUGUACCUCCGAAAUAGCGAUUUCGACGCCGCUUGGGGUGACCGCUAUGAUCCAACGAAUGCAAAAGAGAAGAAGUACAAGGACAAUCAUCAGACUGGGUCUGAAGCGCUAUAUUUCGCCUCAUGCGCUGAUGAGAACGAGACAUGGCUCCCGUUGCUGGAGAAAGCUUACGCUAAAGUGCACGGGGACUAUGAUUCUAUUGCUGGUGGCUGGAGUGGCGAGGCAGUAGAAGAUUUGACUGGUGGCGUGACAACCAAGAUUCCCACUGAUCGGGUCCUGGAUAAGCAACGACUGUGGGAAGAAUUGCUCCAAGCCGGCAAGAAGUUCCUCUUCUCAGCAUCAUCGCCUAGUAUUGAUGGUGAUGACUCGGACGCUCGACGGGGUCUCGCUUUAAAUCACGCUUAUUCGGUUAUCAAAGCGGUAGAAGCUGAAGGAGAAGAUGGAAAGAAGCACCAGCUGGUGUUGAUUCGCAAUCCUUGGGGCAAACGGGUAAAUGCCUCUAUGGGAGAGUGGACAGGGCCAUGGUCUGACGGGUCUCGCGAAUGGACGACUUACUGGCUAGACAAGUUGGGCCACAAGUUCGGAGACGAUGGCCUGUUUUGGAUGUCGUACAAGGAUCUGCUCAAGCGAUUUGAUAUUCUUGAUCGUACGCUUCUCUUCAACGAGGAAUGGACUGUAGUGCAGCGAUGGACAAGCGUCCCAGUUGCCUGGGUCACAGGCUAUGUGAACACGAAGUUCUCUGUAGAGAUCAAGAAGUCUGGGCCCACUGUGUUUGUCCUUUGUCAGCUGGAUGAACGCUACUUCAAGGGCUUGGAAGGCAAGUACGACUUUGACCUGCACUUCAUAUUGCAAGAGAAGAAUGCGGAACCAGGUCACCAUAUUGUGCGUGCUCGCGGUGCUUGGUUCGGAAAUCGUAGUAUCUCUGCUGAAGUCGAACUCGAGGCUGGAGUGUAUGAAGUUCUACCGAAAAUCGAAGCUUCAAGAAAUGCAGAUGCUCCAGAUGUCCCCGAAGUGGUUACCAAGCUCGCGGAGCGCAACCCGCAGAAGCUUAGGCAGAUCGGCCUGAACUACGACAUCGCAAAUGCCAAAGGUAUCUUCGAACUCACCGAAGAAGAGCGGAAGAAGAAGGAACAAAAGAGGAAGGAGGCGGCUGAAAAGAAAAAGGAAAAGGAGGAAGCGAAAGAGAAGGAGAGAGCCGAAUUUGAAGCUUGGAGAAAAGAGAAAGCUGAUUUUGAGGUUUGGAAGAAAGAAGAGAGAGCCGAAUAUGAGACAUGGAAGAAGGAGAAAAAAGAGCGUGAGAUGAAAGAAAAGGUUGAAGAAUCUGGCAAACCUGAGGAAGAACGUGGCGACGGUGGUUCAGCCACAAAGCAACCUAGCCCCACCACUGGUUUGAUCGAGGAAGCUAAGCAAGACGCGGACAAAACCACUUCAUCUGAUACCGAAGGCACGGGAAAGGCUCCCAUAGAACUCCCGAUUCAAAGCAAAGAAGCCCUGCAAGAAACGAAGCUAGUCAUUGAGCCCGCACUCGAACCACGCGACUCCAGUGACAAUGGAGACGCAAAUCAUACACCCACCUCUGAAGUCCACCCCAACGAUGCGGAAAGCGACAACCCUGACCACAGCAGCAGCACAUCUCCUCAAGCCCGCGUCAUGCGUUCACAACACUCGAUUGCAUCACACUACCGCCCUCUACCACCACCAGACUACCGCGGCUUUCCACGGUAUGCUACUUCUGGCGAAGUGGCCCCUCCGCCUCCACAAGCCACUCCUGCAAAGGAACAGCCUAAGCCAUGGAACGCAGUCUGUGUUCUAGGCCUAAGAGUUUAUAGUCAGGAUCCUGACGUAAGUAUCAAAUUGGUAAAACCAAAGAAUGGGGAAGAAGGCGCAAUCCUGGAUGUCGACGGGGACACAGCGGCAGGGGCGACGAUGUGA